CGAGGGCUCGCUCAGUUUUUCGCCAGCUCUUUUUUGAAUGCAAAAGAUUGAGUGGCAGCCAACAGCCGACCAUGACGACAGAGGAAAACUCGGAGAAGAAAGAGGAGGUGACUACAACUACUGCUAUUGCUAGUGCUAGCAGUGGUAGAACAGAAGUAUACGAGAAACAGAAAAUGUACAUUCGUGGCGAUCCAGCGUUUGAAUGGGUUUCGCCGUUCUCUCCCGACCGCGUUGAUCCCCUCGUCAGUAAGAAAGUGGUGGAGUUUCCCACACGCAGUGAACUGAAAGCGGUGAUUCCUCCGCACUGCUUUGAGCGAUCUCUCUUUUGGAGUUUCUUCUAUGUCAUUAGGGAUAUCGUUCAAGGAAUCAUUGUGGUCUACUUGACGACACAAGUCUUUCAACUUUCCACGGAGCCACCUCAGUUUGAAGAAAACGCGUCCAUUGCGACCAAAGUCACCGCUUGGUUGGCGUGGAGACUAGCGUGGAAUAUCUAUGCCGGCGUCAUGGCAGCUGCUGCAGGAGGUCUCUGGGUGAUUGGACAUGAGUGUGGCCAUGGUGCCUUUAGUGACUACCAGUGGGUCAAUGGCCUUGUGGGAUGGACACUCCAUUCAGCCAUGUUGGUGCCCUACUUUAGCUGGGCGUUCAGUCAUGCCAAACAUCACAGGCGGACCAAUGACAUGGAGGAUGGAGAAACUCAUGUGCCUUGCACCUAUCAAGAUGUAGGAUUACUCAAACAAUCUACAUCUGCCGGUACUUCUACCUAUCAGAGAGCAUCUAUGAAACAAGUUCAAGAAAAAAUGGUGGGUUCUGGUGGACUCUACCAGGUCUUGUCCAAUUUUUUCUAUGCCAAUGCGCAACUACAAGAAAUGAUGGGAGACGAAUUCUUCUCCUUUUGUCUCCUCUACUUUCGACUGUUCUUCCUCUUUCAAUUCUAUCUCAUGGGCGCCAAGGCUGACGGAAAGGUACCCAAAACAAAGGGAAACUGGGAAGAUCAUUUCAGACCACAGUCGGAUUUAUUUCCUCCCAAAAUGAAGUGGAAAGUCAUUGCUUCCGAUAUUGGUUGUGGAAUCACUAUUUCCAUCUUGGCGGUCUGUUCUUAUUUCUACGGAUUCCGGGCCGUCUGGUUCUGGUAUUUUGGUCCCUACACUCACAUUCACAUGUUCUUGGUCGGUGUCACUUGGUUGCAGCACACCGAUCCAACCAUUCCUCAUUUUGACGAACAGAACUGGACAUGGAUGGUUGGAGCAUUGGCCGGGACCAUUGAUCGACCCAUGUAUGGAUGGGUCAAUUAUGGAAGUCACAACAUUUGUACCACUCAUGUUGUUCAUCAUUGCUUUCAUACCAUUCCACACUACCGGGCCCUCGAAGCCACCAAGGCCAUUCGAGACUUUCUAGAACCAAAAGGACUCUACAAUUACGAUCCAACUCCUGUGGAGCAUGCUUGCUUCAAAAUUGCCAAACGAUGCCAUUUUGUCGAUUCUCAUACGGACGGUGUUCAGUACUAUCAGUCCCUCAUGGAUGUGCCCAAGUCCACCACAACCAGCGCAGCCAAUACAGCAAACAAGGAAAAACAGAAUUAAGUGGACCAACCGAAUGAACGAAUGCAUGAGUAGCAAUCGAAAUGACUGCGCUAGACUAUUGGAAUAAUAGUAAUCUUGAGAAAAUAAAUGUGCGAAAUCGUUCGUUUCAUUGUGAAAAGUGUGGUCGACCUUUGAGUUUUCUAGGAUGACAUAGCUGCUAGCUAAGCAUACAGUACCGGUAGGUAUGGUACAUACCGGUACUGUA